GGAGAGCUUAAAAUAUAGAUUGGAGGGUUCAGGAGGUGAUAUUGGCUCAUGGGGCCAUGAAUAUGUGAGGAACUUAGCUGGAGAAAUUUCACAGGAAUAUGCUAAGUGACAGAGCGAAGAAGUUCCAAUCAAGGAUCUUAUGGAGCUUGUUCAACAAAUAGUUGCUUUUCACAUGAAGCACAAUGCCGAGCCUGAAGCUGUUGAUCUUCUAAUGGAGGUUGAAGACCUUGAUCUUUUAAUAGAGCAUGUUGACAGCACGAAUUUCCGAAGGACAUGUCUCUAUCUAAGUAGUUCGGCUAGAUACCUCCCUGGACCUGAUGACAUGUUGGUUCUAGAUACAGCCUACAUGAUUUAUUUAAAAUUUGAGGAGUAUCCAAAUGCACUUCAGAUUGCCCUAUUUCUGGAUAACAUGUAUGUGAAGCAAGUUUUUACUUCCUGUAAUGAUUAGCUGAGAAAGAAGCAAUUCUGUUACAUCCUUGCUUGCCAUG